GUGUGAAUGAACGCAGUUUGCACACCCACACACGCGCACACGCAAACACGCGCGCGCGCAUGGACGCGCGCGCACACACACACACACAUACACAGAGCUCAGGUCCGUGUCAUUAAGACUUGUGCGGCGGCUCUGAGGAUUUAUAUUUGUGCGAUCUGAUCGUCUCGGUUACACAAAUGUCUUCGGCCAUUUUUGUGAUGUAUCCAAACACAACAGAGAUGUCGUUCUACAACGACUCCAUGGGUAACGGGUCUGAGGAAGAAUAUUACGAUGACUACGAUGAUGUGCACGCAGAACUCAGGCAAUCGCUCAACAUCAUGUCACUUAUAGUCUACUGUUUAGCGUUCGUGCUUGGAGUGGUCGGAAAUGGCAUUGUGAUCUGGGUGUCUGGAUUCAAAAUGAAGAAAACAGUGAAUACAGUUUGGUUUCUCAACCUGGCAGUAGCAGACUUCCUUUUCACUGCCUUCUUGCCUCUCAGUGUGGCUUACACAGCCAUGGGCUUCCACUGGCCAUUUGGACGGUUCAUGUGCAAGCUCAACAGCACGCUCAGUUUCCUCAACAUGUUUGCAAGUGUAUACAUCCUAGUGGUGAUUAGUGUGGACCGUUGUAUAUCAGUUGUGCGUCCAAUAUGGGCUCAGAACCAUCGAAGUGUUAGUUGUGCAUCCGGACUGAGCCUUGGUGUCUGGCUAUUUGCUUUACUCCUAAGCUCUCCUUAUUUUGUCUUCAGAGACACUGGUCCAGACUACAAUAAUCCAAGCAUUAUUAACUGCUUUAACAACUUUGCCUUUUCUGAUGAUUAUCUGAGCAAAGAAGUGGUGGAACUCCGCCUCCUGCGACACCGUGCUAUGAUCAUCACACGUUUUCUCCUGGGGUUUGUAGUGCCUUUUUCAAUCAUCGUCUCCUGCUAUGCAAUCAUCAUCCAUCGCCUUAAAAGAAACCGUUCAAUGUCUGGUCGCACAGGGCGACCUUUUAAGAUCAUUGCUGCUGUGAUCACAGCUUUUUUCCUAUGCUGGGCUCCGUAUCACAUCCUAGUGCUGAUCGAGAUGGCACACCACAUGGCCCCCCAAAACAGUCCCACGCUGGAGCAUAUAACUACGAUUGGCAUUCCCAUAGCCACUAGUUUGGCUUUUCUCAACAGCUGCCUGAACCCAUUGUUAUAUGUCUUCAUUGGUCAGGAUUUCAAAGACAAGGUGCGAAAGUCUAUCUUGAAAGUGCUGGAAACUGCAUUCACGGAGGAGGUAUCACGCACGAACACCUGCACAAACUCUGUGCUCAACACCCGCAUCAAAGAUCAAGGAAGCAAGUCCUUUUCUGAUGUAGAGCUGUAAAAAAAACUGAUAAAAUUUGUCCAAGGAGAUGGCAUACUUCAUAGCAAUGCUGGCAACUAUAAGAGAAAAAGUCAGAAAUAAAAACUGCAAGCUGCAAACACUUUUACGCAUCACUAACUAUAACAAAAGUUUGAACAGCAGUGCAGCUCAGUCUUCUGCAUUUGUGGGCAGUGCCCAAAAUCUACUGCAGGAAGACAAUUGUUCUUAUUGUUCCUGCUACUGGAGCAAAAAACUACAGAAAUUUUCAUCUUAAACCUACAGAAAGGCCAUGAAUUUUUUUUUUUUUUUUUUUUUUUUUAUAUCAUUACCUAAAGAUCAAAUCUUAUUUUUCUUAUUUUGUCAAAAUGUCUUAUUGGGUAUGUGUGAUGUACAUCAACUUUAAGCACAUACUGUAUGUUUUUACUUUAGUCAGGGACUAACACAAGAUGAAAUAGCCUGGGCAAUGAUAGAGUUUCAUGCUAUACUGUAUUAUGUAUUCCACUUUAGGAUCUAUCUAGCCUUUUGUUCAUCAGCUCUGGGCAUUAUCAAAAUUAGCGUUCAUCCCUUAAGAAGACACCUAAGAAGAAGAAGUCUGUAACUAUACUGUCACAGACAUUAUAGUGGUCAAUAUUCGAAGGACUGAUAACCAUCAGUUUAUCACGUGAUGUUUGAUAGAUGCUGUGUAUUUGGUUUGUUUCACAUGACAAAUGGUGAUCAGAAUGUUCAGAUGUAAUUGGGAUGUAAUUAAUCAAGAAUCACCAUAAUAUAUGACAGUGUGCCACUCAGCCACAAUCUUUUUUGUAAAAUUGAGUUUACAAGAAAAACUUCCAUUGAAGAUAUUGAUUUAGAAAGUGAUUUUGACUUUACAUGUCAAAAAUAAAUGUGUUGAUAGAAAAAAUAAACAUACACCUUUCUACUUUUGUAAAUUUUAUAGUAUAACUUGUUAAAAGACAUUUUAUUUGUUCUGUGCUGGUUAGAAAUUAUUAAAUAAAUCACCAGCAAUUAUGUAAACUGGAACUAUAUUAUUUUUGUGUGUUUUAAUAUUAUAGUUGGUGUUAUAAUAAACUGAAAAUAGAAUGUUCUCUGUACUCUGUUCUUUGAUCUUCUGUCCUCAUCAUAAUGAAGAUUUUUAAAUAUGGCACUUGAUUACAGAUACUAAUUAUUGUAGUAUAUUUUCUACUAAUAAUAAUAUAUAUAUGUUAUAUCCAUGCCUUGCUUGCUAUACUUUGGUGUAAUAAAUGUAAUCCAUUAUUUGUCCUGAGUUCAUGUAAAAAUAUA